AUAUCAUGCGAUUCAGGUGCUCCAAUCCCCUCCCAAUCAUGUGAUUCAAGUGUUCCAAUCCCCUCCAAUCAUGUGAUUCAGGUGUUCCAAUCCCCUCCCAAUCAUGCGAUUCAGGUGUUCCAAUCCCCUCCCAAUCAUGCGAUUCAGGUGUUCCAAUCCCCUCCCAAUCAUGCGAUUCAGGUGUUCCAAUCCCCUCCAAAUCAUGUGAUUCAGGUGUUCCAAUCCCCUCCAUAUCAUGUGAUUCAGGUGUUCCAAUCCCCUCCCAAUCAUGUGAUUCAGGUGUUCCAUUCCCCUCCCAAUCAUGUGAUUCAGGUGUUCCAAUCCCCUCCCAAUCAUGUGAUUCAGGUGUUCCAUUCCCCUCCAAAUCAUGUGAUUCAGGUGUUCCAAUCCCCUCCCAAUCAUGUGAUUCAGGUGCUCCAAUCCCCUCCAUAUCAUGUGAUUCAGGUGUUCCAAUCC